AUGGCUGAUGUCGAUGAGGAACAAAUGAACGAGGAAAAUGAAGAUGUGGAGGAGCAAAAUGAAGAAGAACAUGUAAAGCCACCACCACCUGUGGAUAUCAAGAGUCCAACACCUGGUCGUUCAUAUGGAUUACCUUCUCAACCAAAAUCGGUUGUGCGUCGUGCUGCACAAUUUUCAGCAGGCAAACCAUCAAAGCACGAUAAAGAUAAGCUGAUGCGAUCAGAAGGAAUUAUUCCAAUCCAAGCGGGCUCAAAUAGAUACGCUUCGCAGAAAGGAAUGACAGGCUUCGGCGCUCCUCGAGAUGUGAUUGAUAAAGUCAAAGCUGAUAAUUUGGCUGAGAUUACUGAUGAGGAAAAAAUAAAAAAUUUAAAACAAUCAACUUGGCUUCAAUCCGGCACGAACAAAUUUGCUUCACAAAAAGGCAUAACUGGAUUCGGUAGUCCACGUGAUGUGAACUACAAAACAAAAGGUACUGGUGGCGCAAGCGAAGUACCUGAAGAGAAAGCUCGAGCGACUGAUGGAAUUGUGCCUUUGCAAUCAGGCACGAAUAAAUUAGCUUCCCAAGCUGGAAUGACAGGGAUGGGAAUGCCGAGAAUUAUUGAUGUUCGAAAGACAAACGAUCAAGAUCGAGAAAGCCAAGGUUUUAUUCAUCUUCAAAUGGGAACCAAUCGGUUUGCCAAUCAAGCUGGUAUGACUGGUUUUGGCAUGCCUCGACAUAAUAUCACUAAGUAUAAAGAUGAACAACGCGGUGAAAUGCCUCAUGAUGAAUCGGUUAUAUCGAGGCAAACGAGUGGCUGGAAAGAGGGAGCUUCACAGGCAGGAAUGACAGGAUUUGGGGCCUUUCGAAAUAAUACCGUUCUGAAUAUGCAAGCUCAGGAACAACGAUCCCAAGGAAUGAUUCCUUACCAGAUGGGAGUCAAUUUUUUAGAUUCACAAGCGGGGAAGACUGGGUUUGGUAUGCCAAGGCAGAUUUAUACUCCCUUUGUUGAUGAUGGCCACGAAGAGCUUCCACUCGAUAUGGCUCGUCGACCCGAAGUUCCAUUCUGGUCUGGUCAAGAGACUGAAUUUGCUAACCAAACGGGAAUGUCAGCUUUCGGUACGAUACGCGAUGUUCGUGGUGAGUACAUCCGACGUCUGUGGUAA